UCCAGGGUCACGCCCUGGGCUGCAGGCAGCGCCAACCGCUGAGCCACCCGGGCUGCCCGGAAGCCUCUUUGUUACCUUUUCGGACGGUACUUGGUAGUUUGGUCCCAGAGUUUCUUCAACAGUUUCCGUUCGCAUGGGUUUUUAUCUGUGAAGUAUUUAUUGGCAGAAAUUAAGACAGAAAAUUUCGAGUCUCAGUUCAUUUAAGACUCAGCAUCGAGUCCCUUACAUCCUAACAUGGUCAUGAAAAAUACCUGAUUACCGAAGAAUGGCAUCGUUUUACCGUUUUGCUGGUCUCCGUCUGCAUUCAGUCUGUUGUGGUAUCACAUAUCCUGUAGUCUCUGGAGCACUUCACUGUACCCUCCAGAGGGAAUGAGGCUGAAAAAGAUAAAUAACUUAUUGGUAUUAUUGUGAAUAAUAUAUUAAUAUUGGAUUUGCCGACUGCCUGAAAGGGUCCGAGGAGCUGUAGAGUCCCUACUCUGAGAACCUCUGGAUUAGGAGAUUGGGAAAUGCCAUCCGACCUCCGUAGGGAAGCAGAUCAGGGUGCUUGAAGGCUGCUGCCAGGAACACCCACCUAGAGAUGAUGGUUUUCUGACAUCCUUUGGAUGCUAUUGUUAUAGGAACACUGAUUGCAUCAAAAUUAUGUUUCUUAGAAAUACGUGUCCCUGAUUUUUCAUCCAGUGCGAGCAUUUAGCGUGGGAUGAGAGGCUUUGGUUUCAUAAUGCUGUGAUAAGGGAAGAGUCGUUUAUCCCACACAGAUUCCCGUUUUCUUAUCUGUUCUUUUUAUUUGGGGCAUCAUUAUAGAUUCUAUGAAGUGAAGUUCUGGUUUCCCUCAAUCUUCAUAUCUGCUCUUUUUCUACAUUUCCUUUGUGGGCCAUUUCUCUACCUAAAUGUGCAGAGGGGAGCGGACAAGAGGGAAUUCCAUCCGUUGUGAUAGAAAUGGACUGAGCAAUUCUCAAACCACAAAUGGGUAUCUUUCCUGGUGAACGAUGGACAGCUUUCUGGUGCAGUGAGGAACAUUGGUUCCUUCUCAGGACAGGAGACUUGUAGUGCCUAGAGCCCUUUCUCUUUAUACCGUUUCCUUAGAUGAUCUCACCUAAUCUCAUGGCUUUCUGCGUUUUUAUUGUCAGAAUACAUUAUCUGCCACCACUGUUUCUAAUUUGAGUUCCUGGCUCAAAACUUAGCUGUCUGUAUGACGUCUCCACUUUUGUAUCUUGAGGACAACUCAGACUCAACGGGGUGAAACCGUUUUUCCAAUCUUUCCCUUUGAUGUAUGCACUUAGUCUAAUCCUUCAGUUUCCCCCUCAUAUUCUAAAUUGCUUAAAAUGUAAAUCUGGAAGUCAUUCUUGAGAUCUGGUUGUUUGGACUUUUUAUAUUUCAACGUAUCACCUAGUCUUACUCAUUUUAAUUCUAAAUUAUAUCUCAAAUACAUUAGCUUUUUUACUGCUACUACCCUAGUCCAAGGUUUCCUGGACUCUCCAGUAGCAUCCUUAUUUAUUCUCCUUGUAUCCGCAUAUAUCAUUGCCCCUUUUCCAAUCUGCCUCCAAAUCUUUUAAAAUCAGAAGUAUGAGUAUAUUCCCUAUCAACAGUUUUCUGUGACUUCUCAGUGUUUUUAGGAUAAAGCUCAAAAUUCUCAACAAGGACUCUAAGAUACCUUGUGAUCUGUCCCUGCCUACCUCUCUAGCUUCUAUCUCUAUCACUCAUUAUAGUUCACUCAUAGUGCGUUUUAUUCAUUCAAUGGUCAACAUUUAGGAUUGAGCCCACAAUUUGUGCCAGAUACUGUUGAGGCACAGAGGACACAAUGGUGAACAAGGUCAGGGAUCCUGUCCUCAUGAAAAUUAUAUUCUAGAGCAAGGCAUUAGGCUACAAGUGACUGUACCAAUAAAUGUCAAAGAUAAUUUCAGAGGGUAAAAGUUCUACAAAGAAACAAAACAUAAUGUGAUAGAAAGUGAUGACAAGCUACCUUGAACUGGCUGGUCAGGGAAGACCUCUCUCUAUGAAACUGAGCUCAGAAUGACAAGAAGAAACCAGGUCAGCCAUGUGAAUAUAUGGGAACAGAACAUUCCAAGUGGUGAUGACAACAAAGUUAAAAGCUCUGAAGGAGAAACAAGUUUGUUUAUGAAGUAGACCAGUGUGGCUGGUUCAUGCUCUCUUCAAUCUCCCGGGAGUGAGUUUGUAUGCUGUAUUGAGGAGAGUGCUAUUAUUAGAAGAAGAAUAGCUCAAAACAGCUCUUUAGAAGAAUUGAAUAAAUGGAUACCAUGAGUCUGUAUGGAUUGAAGAUGUUGGACUAUCAUCAUAUUUCGUAUUACGUACUAUAGUGUCACUGACACUCAAGGGCCAGAGUUUGUAAGGCUUUUCCAGAUGCUUCCUCAUUGUAUCUUCCCAUCAACUGUCAGAGAAGAUUCUCCAAUCAAUUUCAAUUAGGAAAUAGAAAUAUAAGGAAAUUAAGAAAAUCUAUUCCUCGCUGCCGAAGAAUUAACAGGAUGCUCUCCAAUGAAUCCCUACAUUCUCCCGCAUUUACCCGCUCCAACUCACAAGCCUCCAUAGACAGCACCUCCAUGGAGGAUUUCCUGCGGGAAAUAGAAAGCAUUAAAGAGAACAGCAUGGGAGGACAGGAAGAGCAGAUACCAGCUGAGGUCAAGCCUGUGGAUGAAGGAGAACUUGAAGCCGAGUGGUUGCAAGAUGUGGGUUUAUCGACCUUGAUUUCGGGUGAUGAAGAAGAGGAUGGCAAAGCCUUGCUCUCUACGCUAACUCGAACCCAAGCAGCUGCCGUGAAAAAGAGAUAUAAUACUUAUACUCAAACCAUGAGAAAAAAGAACAAACAAUCUGUUCGGGAUGUCAGAGAUAUCUUUGGAGUCAGCGAAUCUCCUCCAGAUGAUUUUUGUUGUAUACCAAUUCCUCUUUUGGAUGUGACCCUGGAUGAAGAAGGGAUAUCAGCCAUUCCUUGCAGAAAUGGGCAACUGCCAAGUGACCCCUGUGACAGCCAUACUGCUCAGUUGGAUGGCACCCAGGAGGAAAAAGAGCUGCCAGGAGUUAUCAAAACAAGUGGUUCCUUGACAGAUGAUGCUUCUCUCAACAGUACCACCCUGUCAGGUGGGUCCCAAGAUGAAGAAGGGAGUUUCAUAGUUCCCAGGAGUGGCUCUGUGUCUAUACUUGAGACUAUUCCAGCUCUACCAGUUCAUUCCAAUGGAUCUCCAGACCCUGGACAGUCAGUUCAGAAUGCAGUGAGUGAUGACAAUUAUCUGGAAAAAAACAUUGUACCAGAAACUGAAGAGCUGUCCUUUGAAGUAUCUUAUUCAGAAAUGGUUACAGAAGUUCCAAAAAGAAAUAAAUUUAAGAAGUCAGAUUUUAAGAAAGAAGACUACGCUUUAACUAAAUUUAUUGUCCAGAAAACCAGAUUCGGCCUAACUGAAGCAGGAGAUCUGUCUGCCGAAGAUAUGAAAAAAAUCCGCCAUCUCUCCCUGAUUGAAUUGACUGCCUUUUUCGAUGCCUUUGGAAUCCAGCUGAAAAGAAACAAAACUGAGAAAGUUAAAGGACGAGACAAUGGUAUUUUUGGAGUUCCACUUACAGUUCUAUUGGACAAUGACCGAAAGAAAGACCCUGGAGUGAAGGUCCCAUUGGUGUUACAAAAAUUUUUUGAGAAAGUUGAGGAGUCAGGCCUGGAAUCUGAAGGAAUUUUUCGACUUUCAGGAUGUACUGCCAAAGUCAAGCAAUACCGGGAAGAAUUGGAUGCCAAGUUUAAUGCUGAUAAAUUUAAAUGGGACAGAAUGUGCCAUAGAGAAGCUGCAGUAAUGUUGAAGGCAUUUUUCAGAGAACUACCCACCUCUCUCUUCCCUGUGGAAUAUAUACCAGCCUUCAUCACUCUCAUGGAAAGAGGGCCUCACAUCAAAGUACAGUUUCAAGCUUUACACCUCAUGGUCAUGGCACUGCCUGAUGCCAACAGGGACACAGCCCAGGUCCUCAUGACAUUCUUCAAUAAAGUGAUUGCCAACGAAUCAAAAAACCGGAUGAGUAUAUGGAACAUUUCUACUAUAAUGGCACCAAACCUUUUCUUCAGUCGAAGCAAACAUUCUGAUUAUGAAGAAUUACAGUUAGCAAACACUGCAGCCCACAUCAUCCGCCUAAUGCUUAAAUACCAGAAAAUUCUGUGGAAAGUUCCAUCUUUUUUAAUCAUGCAAGUCAGAAGAAUGAACGAAGCUACCAUGUUGUUAAAGAAGCAGCUCCCAAGUGUCAAAAAGCUGCUGAGGAGGAAAACCAUAGAACGAGAGGUUAUAAGCCCCAAGACUUCAAAGGUACUACAAAAAUCACCCUCUUCAAGAAGAAUGUCUGACGUGCCGGAAGGAGUCAUAAGGGUCCAUGCUCCACUUCUCUCUAAGGUGUCCAUGGCCAUUCAACUCACUAGUCACACCAAAGCCAAAGACAUACUGGCAAAAUUUCAAUAUGAGAACAGGGCAGCAUUGCUUGGAUCCAGAUGCUUAUAUAUUGGAUGUAUAUCAUGUAAAUCCUCAAGCAGAGUGGGUGAUAAAACCCCAAUCAAGUUUUUGAAAUACCCCCAAGAUGGCACCUAUCAUGUAUUAUAUGCCAAGAAGAUUCUACAUUUGGUAGGGAAAAUAACAAGACUACUUUUGACAUGUUUAUUCCAAUAACCCUAGUGGAGUUUCUCAGCCCAAGUGGCAUCUCCCAGUGUUGUCAGCAUGAAUUGUUGGUGGAGGAACUGGUUGACUGAGCUGAGGCUUUCUCCUAUGGUUCUUUUCUCCUAUGGAAAGACGAGGUGAUCGUUCCAGAAGAAAGGCCAAUCUAGUAUAUGGAACUCUGAUCUAGUACUUUGACUUCACAACAGAAAUGAAUUUGGUCCUAUGCCUAGAGAUUAAAAAACACUUCUCUAGGUAGCAGAUGCUACCAAACACAAGAGGUGGAAGAGUUUUUUUUUUUUUUUUAUACUUAUGUUAUAUACAUAUGUAGACCUUUUUGAACAAGAAUGACAGAAAUAUCAGUAAUUUCUGUUCAGCAAAAUAAUUCAGAUCGGCUUUUCAAAGGGAAUCAGUUUCUGAAUUUUUGCAUAUAAUAUUGACUUGCUCCCAAAUUGGAGGAGGAUGAACUUUGGUUGAAAGAACACUGUAUUGUUAUGUAUGUUGUACUGUAUUAUGACUAUCUGCAUAUUGGUGCAAAUGAACAUUUCUCUAUUGUGGACUAUUGAAAACUGAUGUUUUUCAAGCUUAUUUUCUUAUGAGCACAGGUUCCAUAACAAAGGUUAGUUUGACAGAGGGUGUUCUUAUACUCUCAUAAUCUUCUGUGUGGUUAAUAGUCAUAGAACCUCUAUCUUUUCAUCGUGAUUAUGGUGCUCAAUGAAUAGCUUUCUGUGUGCCAAGCACAGAUUUCCUUUCCUGAUCCAACAUAUCAUUUUUUUUAAUUUUACAGCUGUAGAUAGUCACUUCUGUAGCCCCAACUUAAAAAUAUAGCAUUGCCUUUAUCCAACUGCUCUUUAUGCAAGAGUACUGAAAAAUACUGUUAUAUCAAGAUUUUAUAUGCUGUAAAAGCAAAUUUUGUUUCUGUUCAUCAAUCAUAGACAUGGCCAAGCACUAUGGAUUAGCCUCAGGCUUUAAAAUCAGAUGCAUAUUUGGUAAGCCGGAAACUGUCUCACUGUGAAGGUCCUGCAGAGCCAUUUUCCAGACUUGCAAUUGGCAAGAACACACAGUUCUCCACAGUCUAAUGGAGAGCAAAUCUGAAAUGUGCUGAGGGGUCAGACAGCUCUGCCUUUCAUCUUGAGACUGCAGAUACAGUUCUUCUAGGGUUAGCUAGAAAUGGGAACAGAGGUCUCAUUUAUCCCACAUAUGUGCUUUGGAUUAGAAUCCACAGAUUAGGAUUUUGAUGAAUUUAUAUCAAUUUUAAUGACAUUUAAUGCCCAAAUGACUCUCUUUUGCAGUUCAAACAAUAAAGUUGCUCAAAAUACAGAAAACAUUUUGCCAGUGUUUUGGUAAAUGUUUUUACCAAUGUUUCUAGUUACCAAUUCUCAAAACUUAAUGCGAUAAUAAUUUAAGCCCACAUAUAGAAGAAUUUUUUUUCUUUUCUUUUUCAAAAGCAGGGCUUGAACUCAAGACCCUGAGAUCAAGACCUGAGCCAAAAUCAAGAGUCGGAUGCUUAACCGACUGAACCACCUUGGUGCCCCUAGGAGAAAUCUUUUAUAUGCUGCAUUAUGCCUUGAUAGCUCUAAAAAAACAUUAUUUAUUUUCAACAUGUAGAUAAUUAUGUUUCUGGCCAUUAGGAUUUUUAUUAUAUUUUUAUAAAAAACUCAAAUUCAUUUUAUUUGAGAAUUUUUAUUUCCUAUGCCUGAAAACCCUUUAGAAGAUAAACAUGUAUCCUGUAGGUUUUUAAUUUAUUCCUACAUUUCAUCAUUUUUUAAUGUUUGGUUAAUUGAUGGCAUGUGAGUUUACAUAAUGAAUUUCAAGUGUUUGAAAAAAAUGCUUUUAUUGUUUUUGUAAUACGGACAACAGGAGUAAAUAUUUUUUGCAGUUGCUAACUUCCAAGGCAUAAGAUGGCAGUAAUUUAUACUCACACAUGGAAGAAAUUCUUCAAAUUAGAUAUCUAUACUUCUAUAAAAGGACAGGGGACUGAUUUUUCUCAUUGUGUUUUCCCCUAAUUUCAAAUAGUUACAUUCUACUGUGUUUUUAUAGGAGAUUUACAAAUCUAAUUUUUUACUUGAGAAUUUUCCCAUCUUCAUACUGAAAACACAUUAAAGCCUAUAUAUAAGAUCUGAAGGUUUUAAGAUUUACUCUACUUGUCAUUAGUUUAAAUAAGUAGCUAACAGAUGACAGAUAAACAACAGUUUUUAAAUUUUUUACCCACUUUUGUGUGGUGUCAGAUGUCGAAGACUCAGCCGAGUCAAUAGCUUUAAAUUAAUUACUUGAAUGUAUUUAAGGAUGCGUGACAACUUUCAGGUAACUAUGUAUUAUGGAAGGCAUGUCAAUACCAAAUAACUUUUAUUCUUAGUCAUAGGAUUAACUAAGUGGUUGAAGGAGAAUUUUCCGUAGACACACAGACUAAUAAGAGUAGAGGUUCUUUUUACUAAUUUUAUUCUUAAAGAAUUAAACCCCUACAAUUACAAUUCAAAAAUGUCUAUCAAAUAAUUAUUGAAACCAUCUUUGUUUUAUCAAAAUUGUUUUAAAAUAGUUACAGUAGUCUGUAAAACUGAGUAAUAUGUUUGCAAACAAAAGAAGAGUCAGAUCCUGGACUUCUAGAUUCAGUUCUUACUAGCUUCCUCCCCUCUUCCCAAGUGCUCUUGAUAUACGGUUAGGAAAAUAAUAUCCAGGAAAGUAUUAGAGAAUGUUAACAUUUUAGUGACACCUAAUCAGAAAAAAGCCCUAGAGCUGGCUCAUUGUUUUCUCCAUUUUGCGAAAGAGGAUUCCUUUGUCAAGCAGCUCACUGAGGGAUAUGAUUCUUGGAGCCAGUGAUCUUCAAAUAAACUGGAAUAUUAAUUUCAUUACAAUGUGUACACAGUAUUAACUACCUCACUUGCCUUUCUUGGGAAAAAAUGACUUUAACAGUUUUUGUUACAAACUUAGUCUGAGUCUUAUUAUUUAAGUCACUUCAGUUAGCUUUCAGUGUACAUGUAAUAUACAUUUAAUGAUGUAAAAAAUGUUUAGCACAAGCUUUAAAGCCAAAAAUACUCUGUAACUGUGACGUGUGGUAUACUCUGAGAGAAUUCGUGUCCUUUAGUUAUUGUCUUAUGUGUUUCACCAUGUUGCAAUGCAGUUUUUCAAGUGUGGGAAUUAAUAGUCAUCUCUUCUUUCAGGCAUUUUUCAACUGCUUUCUCCAUAUUGCACUUGGCUGAAAAGUAACAUGAGAUUAAAUUGUCCCUUCUUUCUUUGAAGCAUAUUUCAACUGUUUUUCACAAAUGUUUUACAUGCCUGAAAAGAAUAUAUAUUAUGGGAUUAAAUAUUUCCUAGUUUCUGACAGGCAUUUUCAACUGUUUUCCAUAAAUAUGUCAUUUAAUAAUAAUAUGACAUGGAUUAAAAUGCUUCUUUCAGACAUUUUAAAUAGUUUUACACAUACAGCUUACUUUAAAAACUACAUCUUUUCUUUCAUUUUCCAACUAUUUUCUAAAACUAUGUGCUCUGAUUAGAAAAUUAUUUAAUGUCACAAGAAAUGCCAAUGUUUUAUGUUGUCUUCCAUCUCAAAAGUUAAUAUUCUUUCGUUCCAGCUUUCAUUGUUAAGUAUAAUAUAUAUGUUGCAUUUUAUCCAUAAAAAUAAAGAGAAAAAACCAAAA